CACUUCCUGAUACAGGUAUGUAGCCUUUGGCCCAGGCGUAUCAGAACGGUAUAAAAGGUGAGAUGUAUUCUCUUUCAGACACCAAUCCAGUGUCUCACUGAGGACCAGGUGCCUCUUCGGUUUUGUAAGGAGAGGCCGUGUAACUACAAACUCAUCAUGGCCCAACUAACACUUCUCGUUGGACUGUCUGUUUUGAUGUGUCUUCAAAUGGUGUCAUCAACCAAACUGGUGUGCUACUUCACCAACUGGUCCCAGUACAGACCAGGCACUGGGAAAUAUCUGCCGGCCAAUGUGGACCCCAACCUCUGCACUCAUCUGAUCUAUGCCUUCUCAAUGAUCAACCACAACAACGAGCUAGUCACCUACGAGUGGAACGACGAUGUUCUCUACCAGUCCUUCAAUGGGCUGAAGAAGCAAAAUCCUGCACUGAAGACCCUGUUGGCAGUUGGUGGAUGGAACUUUGGGUCCAGCCAGUUCACCAUCAUGGUAUCAACACCUGCCAAUCGCCAGAAGUUCAUCCAGUCAUCCAUCAGUUUCCUGAGAAUGUAUGGCUUUGAUGGCCUGGACCUGGACUGGGAGUACCCUGGAGCACGAGGGAGCCCCCCAGAGGACAAGAAAAGGUUUACACUGCUGUGCAGGGAGUUGCUCGAGGCAUUUGAGGAGGAAGCCGCUGACACCAGCAGACCAAGGCUGCUGGUCACAGCUGCAGUGGCUGCUGGGAAGGGAAACAUUGAUAACGGUUAUGAAAUUGCAGAGGUUGCAAAAUACUUGGACUUAAUCAAUGUGAUGUCCUAUGACAUGGGUGGAGCCUGGGACCCAUUCACACGCCACAACAGCCCCCUUUACCGCGGUGCUUCAGAUGCAGAGGAAGGAGAGCACAAGUAUUUCAACGUUGACUUUGCCAUGAAGUACUGGAGGGACCAGGGCACCCCUGUUGAGAAGCUGAUGAUGGGUUURGCCACCUAUGGGCGCACAUUCCGCACUGUCUCUGGAGACAAUGGUGUCGGAGCCAGAACGAGUGGACCAGCCUCUGCUGGACCCUAUACCCGCGAGGCCGGCUUCUGGUCCUAUUAUGAGAUCUGUACUUUCCUGAAUGGAGCAACUGUUGAGUUGAUUGAGGAUCAGAUGGUUCCCUUUGCCACCAAAGGAAAUGAGUGGGUGGGAUAUGACAACUGGGAAAGCUUUGAAAUAAAGGCACGCUAUCUAAAAGACAACAAGUUUGGAGGGGCCAUGAUCUGGGCUCUGGAUCUGGAUGACUUUUCUGGACAGUUCUGUGGGCAAGGCAACUAUCCCCUGAUCAGCCAUCUGCGUUAUCUUCUGGCCUCAGAUUUGCCACCCCUUCCUUCCACAACACGUCCGCCACCCCUUCCUUCCACAACACGUCCGCCACCCCUUCAUUCCACAACACGUCCGCCACCCCUUCCUUCCACAACACGUCCGCCACCACUGCCAGGAACCACCACCAGCAGUGUACCCUCCACCACCUCCACUCCUCUGCCCGGCAGUGGCUUCUGUGGGGGGAAAGCUGACGGCCUGUACUGUAACAAGGAAGAUCUUAAUGCCUUCUACCAGUGCGCCAGUGGACACACCUACCUCCAGAAGUGCGCCGCUAACCUUAUUUUCAACGAGAAAUGCAAGUGCUGUGACUGGAAUUUGUAUAACAUGAGCCCGGCAUAGGUGUUUUCUGUUAAUGUACACAUUCUAGCCUGAGUAACUGAUAUACUGUAUACCAUUUACCUCAGUUUCAUGGUACCAAGGCUAGUUUAGAUUUAAAUGAUAAAAUAUCCACUCCAAUUACAAUGGAAUAAUACAAAAAAAUAAAGUAUUUGUAAUGUUUUUA